CCGCAUAUGAAAUUCAUCUACUUUUUGUCUAAGUUCUCAAUGCGCUCGCAUCAGUCUGCCCAAAGUCCCCAAUCGGGUGCAGCGGGCCAUUAUUCCUACCGAGGACUAUUUCCCUCCAGGUUGCAAAAGGGAUCGCCAUGGUAGGUAUUAUGUGUGAUGUGUCCAGUUUAGCCUUUAUGUGCCCCAGAGUCUGGCUCUGUUCGAGACUUCGUACUUCGUAGCCGAAAUCCCCAGGAUUUAGAGCUUGUAUUCUCCAAGUUGGAGGUUAAGGAGGGACCGGGAUUCCCCAUGCUCUUGAGUCAAGCAUUGUAGGUAUCGCGGUCUUUCCCCACAGGUGUAAUACAUAAGACAGCAGAAGGAACAGAAAAUCGGCAGAUGAGAUCCCUGGACAUCGGUGGUCCAUAUCUGGUCUAAUGUCCACCUUUGGAAUCAUCGCGAUGGCUGGAGUAGUCUUUAACAUUACGCACACGAAGUCGACGCAAUGGGAGACGUUGAGAAGCCGGCCGAUAUCACGCAGGUUGUGUCUAAGGAGACAGUCUCUUCCGGGGAGCAACCGUUCAUUGAUCCAGCCGCAGAGAGGAGAUUACUAUGGAAGCUCGACUAUCGGAUAGUUCCCAUCCUCUGGCUGCUCUUCUUGUUGGCAUUCCUUGAUAGGUCGAACAUCGGGAAUGCGAAGAUCCAAGGGCUUACCAAGGACUUGAAUAUGAAAGGAAAUGACUAUAACAUUGCUCUGUUCAUCUUCUUUCCUCCGUAUAUCAUCUUCGAAGUGCCGGCCAAUCUUGUGCUCCGCAAAAUGGCACCCUCGACAUGGCUCAGCGCGAUCAUGGUCGGAUGGGGUAUUUGCACGGUGGGACAAGGACUCGUCAACAACCUUGCCGGGCUUGCUAGCUUGCGCUUUUUGAUCGGCAUUUUCGAAGCUGGUCUCUUUCCAGGUUGUAUAUACCUGAUAUCGAUGUAUUAUAAACGAUACGAGACCCAGUGGCGCUUUUCAGUCUUCUUCAGUGCUGGUAUAAUUGCGCCCGCGUUUGGUGGUUUAUUCGCAUACGCUAUUGCCAAAAUGGAGGGAUUGGGUGGCUACAGUGGCUGGCGAUGGAUAUUCAUUAUAGAAGGCCUGAUCACGAUUAUCAUUGGCGUCGCUUCCAAAUGGCUCAUCGUUGACUGGCCCGAGAAGGCGACGUUCCUCACCGAGGAGGAGCGCCGGAUCCUGCUCGCGCGAAUCCAAGCCGACACUGGCGACGCCAGAAUGGACCGCCUCGACCGUCGUUCCGCCAAGCGCAUCUUCACCGACUGGAAGAUCUAUUGCGGGAUCCUCAUGUACAUCACCGUCGUCAACACGAGCUACUCCACCGCCUUCUUCACACCGUCCAUCAUCAAGGACAUGGGAUACACGUCCUCGGCGGCUCAAAUUCGAUCCAUCCCUCCGUGGAUCGUGGCGUUCGUCGUGUCGUUGGGCACCGCGCUGGUCACUGACCGACUCCGCCAUCGAUAUUCAUUCACGAUCUUUGGCCUCAUGCUUUGCAUUAUCGGCUACGGCAUCCUGCUUGUCCCUUACGGCUCCACUUCUGUCGGUGUUAAAUACACGGCGCUGUUCUUCGUCAUUACCGGCUGCAUGACCGCUCAGCCUAUCAUUGUCGCAUGGCUUUCCAAUUGUGCGUCGGGGCAUUAUAAGAGGGCAGUCACAAGCGCGGCGGUGGUGGGCUUCGGCAACUGUGGUGGUCUCAUUGCGAGCAAUGUGUUCUUUGAAAAAGAAGCGCCGGCAUAUCGGACGGGAUAUAGGGUUAAUACGACUCUCAUAUGUCUGUGUCUGGUGUUCUGCACGGCCAUGUUCAUUGGCGUCCGGUGGGAGAACAGGAAGCGGGAUCGGGGGGAGAGAGACUAUCGGUUGCAGAAAGAGGACGCAGACAACCUUGGAGACGACCAUCCUAGCUGGCGGCUCUCGCAUUAA